AUGGCUGCAGGACUGCGAGCCAUCGGCUGCUUUACCCUCCUGUGUGGCGCGCCUGUUGGUGAGAACCUCGUGCUGGGUGCAGGGGCGCUCACCGGGGCGGGAGGGGACCGGGGAGCUGGCGGGGUUGCAGGCGGUCGGGAGCGGGGCAUCCACACCCCGGGCUGCCUUUUGUCAUCAACGGGAACCAGAGGCAACUGUCAUUACUCCACUAUAUCUGCCGUGCUACAGAGACGAUGCUGUGUUUAUCCUCCCAGCAGUAACUGGGUGGGCCAACAGUCCAGACCCUACAGUUUCUUCACAAAAUUGACAGCAGAUGAGCUGUGGAAAGGUGCCCUAGCUGAAACUGGUGCUGGAGCCAGGAAAGGCAGAGGCAAGAGAUCUAAGAAAAAGAGAAGGAAGGAUUUGAACAGGGGCCAGAUCAUCGGUGAAGGACGCUCUGGUUUCCUGUGGCCUGGCCUUAAUGUCCCUCUAAUGAGAAAUGGAACGGUGCAGGCCAUUGGCCAAAGAAGCAAGGAGGAGCAGGAGAAGGUGGAGGCAGACUUGGUGCAGCAGAGAGAAGAGUGGGAACGGAGGAAGAGAAUGAAGGUCAAACGGGAGCGAGGAUGGAGUGGAAACACGUGGGGAGGCGUCAGCCUUGGCCCCCCUGACCCUGGUCCCAAUGGAGAAACAUAUGAGGAUUUUGAUACCAGGAUACUUGAGGUAAGAAACGUAUUCAACAUGACAGCAAAAGAGGGACGAAAGAAGUCUGUUCGAGCCUUGGUAGCUGUGGGGAAUGGAAAAGGCGCUGCAGGUUUUGCCAUUGGGAAAGCUGCUGACCGGAUGGACGCUUUCAGAAAAGCCAAGAACAGAGCAGUUCACUAUUUGCAUUAUAUUGAACGCUAUGAGGACCACACGAUUUUCCAUGACAUUUCCUUAACGUUUAAAAGAACGCAUAUCAAGAUGAAGAAACAACCCAGAGGUUAUGGCCUCCACUGCCACCGGGCCAUCAUUACCAUGUGCCGACUCAUUGGCAUCAAAGACAUGUACGCCAAGGUGUCUGGGUCCGUCAAUAUGCUCAAUCUCACCCGGGGCUUCUUCCAUGGACUCUCCCACCAGGAAACGCAUCAGCAGCUGGCUGAUAAAAGGAGUCUCCAUGUUGUAGAGUUCCGGGAGGAAUGUGGCCCUCUGCCCAUUGUGGUCGCCUCCCCCCAGGGCGCCUUGAGAAAGGAUCCAGAGCCAGAACAUGAUGUUCCCGACACCAGUCUGGACUGGGAAGAUGUGAAGGUGUCGCAGGGAAUGAAGCGCUCUAUGUGGUCAGGUUUAAAGAGAGCGGCCACCUGAGAGCCCAGCUGGCCUUAAAGGGACAGUGUCCGCUGCUGCCCAGCGCCU